UCCGUCUAUACAUAAUAAAAUUUCCUAUUCCCGAGCGGAUGAAGUUACAUCGAGUAACCAAAGGGUUAAUCCCCCAACCACCAGCACCACCAACCACCGACUAAGAUGCCGGUAUUCAGAACCCCCUUUAACGGUUACUCCGUCAAAUUCAGCCCCUUUUACGAAAACAAAAUCGCCGUCGCCACCGCACAGAAUUUCGGCAUCCUUGGUAACGGCAGAGUUCACAUUCUUCAGCUCACUCCAAACGGACCCAUAUCGGAAAUCGCCGCUUACGACACCGCUGACGGCGUUUACGACGUUUGCUGGUCUGAAGCUCACGAUUCCCUCGUAAUCGCCGCAAGCGGCGAUGGUUCUGUGAAGCUCUACGACCUUUCUUUGCCUCCCACCAACAACCCGAUUCGUGCCUUCAAGGAACAUACACGUGAAGUACACGCUGUAGAUUAUAAUACAGUGAGAAAAGAUUCCUUCUUGUCAGCUUCUUGGGACGAUACUGUGAAGCUGUGGACAGUGGACAGGAAUGCUAGUGUACGGACUUUUAAGGAGCAUGCUUAUUGUGUGUAUUCCACAGCUUGGAAUCCAAGGCAUGCUGAUAUUUUUGCAUCUGCUUCUGGGGAUUGUACUACUCGUAUCUGGGAUGUCCGUGAACCAGGGUCUACCAUGAUUCUGCCUGCACACGAGUUUGAAAUUCUCUCAUGUGACUGGAAUAAGUAUGAUGAUUGUAUCAUUGCAACCGCGUCAGUUGAUAAGUCAAUCAAGGUUUGGGAUGUUAGGAAUUAUAGAGUGCCAAUUUCCGUGCUUAAUGGGCAUGGAUAUGCAGUGAGGAAAGUGAGGUUUUCGCCACAUAGAGCGAGUGCGAUGGUUUCAUGUUCAUAUGACAUGACUGUUUGCAUGUGGGAUUACAUGGUGGAAGAUGCCCUUAUUGGGAGGUAUGAUCAUCACACAGAGUUUGCUGUCGGAGUUGAUAUGAGCGUUCUCGUUGAAGGGCUAUUGGCUAGUACAGGAUGGGAUGAACUUGUUUAUGUUUGGCAACAUGGAAUGGACCCUAGAGCACCCUGAAAAAGGGAAGUCAAACUUUUUCUUCUUUUACUUUAAUGUACCUUAUUUUAAGAGAGGAAGUGAUACCAGAUCUUGUUUUUUAGUUUCUUAUCAUGUCUUCUGUUGAAGUUGUAAAAUAGUUUGAAGUAUCAUUGCAUUUAAGAUUAUAAUAAAACCUUGAUGAAUAACAUUUACACUAAACAACUUAGAUGUUUCAGAAAAUAUGCACUGUAUUCAAUUCCUUUGGGUUCUUUGUUGCAA